UGAAGGUGUAGGAACGAUUUGACACUGGUGAACUAGAAGUUUCAAGGCGGUGGAUAGGGCACUAUAUGCCUUAGCCAUCGAGGAUUUAGCUGAUCUAACUUGUCAUUGUUAGCAUGAUCAUUAGUGGGUCGAUGGAUGGAACGGCUUGAAGGUCGCUAUCGUGAAUCUGUAAUUCUAGUGAUUAUUGCUCGAGAUAUAUGAGUGCAAUCUUAUUGUCAACUGAAGCGGCUAAUCAGAUUUCUCGUUGUUUUGUUCCUGCCUCUGUCAAAAUGGAUCAAGCAACUGUUCAUGAUUAUCUCUGUUUGAUACAAAUAGGAUGCACACCCUUGAGUUUACCGAAAGUAAGGCGACUACCAUUCGAUCCACUAAAACAUCAAACGAUACAUUUGGAGCGUUUGAUGCGAAGUAAAGGAUUGAUCGAUCCGAAAAUGGAAGAGGAAUAUCGGUUGCCGUAUUCGGAAAAUAUUCCAUAUGAUUCGGAUAUUAACGAAACUAUUCCAUUUGGUGAACACAGUUAUUCUGUAUCCCCUACUUUAGCACCACCACCACCAUCACCUACUACAGAUGUCGCAGAAUCUGAAGUCGAUUAUCGGAUUCAUUAUUCUUACCGAAUGCUAUAUUUGCUAAAGAAGGUAGCAGAAAUUUUGGAAGAAAUGCGUGAGAAGGCAACUAACCCAUCGAUUCUACUGUCGAUUAACCAGCUGUCGAUUGUAGAAACAGCAUUUGAGUUCAUCAUUCCAACAGCAGUCCGACCAUAUGUUGAUGAUGGUGUGAUUCUACAUCUGGGUAGGAGUAGUCUCGUGGAGCACUGGAAACCUAUUGUUGGCGAUGUUGAAUUUCGGAAGAAGCAGUUGAAAAAAGCAUUAGAAGUUUUCGAUGUACUGAUGAAUUCAUGCGAAAUGAUAAAGAACUGUGUGGUAAAGAAAUUUUUGGCGGAUUAUAUAUGCUUAAAUGAGCAGCUGAUUAAACUAGGCGAGAAAAAUCAUAAGCAGAAGUAUGGGGAAUUUAUUCUAAGCAUUGACAGACCUAUGUUGAUCACAUCGCUGUUCAUUUUAUUAACUGCAAAUAAGAAACAACCGAAAUGGUUGCAUAAAGCAAUAAGCAAGCAUAUCACCAAACUUUUGUUAUUGGAGAAUGGAUUGUAUCAUUUAAUAACAGCAAUAACCGAUGGUGCAAAUUGUUUUGGUGAUUUCGGAUUUGUGCAGUCGUUAUCGCGAAUAUUGGUAACAGUUCCUUAUAAAAUACCGAAAGAAAAAUAUUAUAUUUCUUUAAUUGAAAAUUUUUUGGUUGUCAUGGAGAAGCAUCCAAAUGCUGGCGAUUCUGCUGUUUGCUUUGCCGUUGUGUUAGAUAUGUUGCCGAAAGAGUUAGUCGAAAUGAUUUUCGAUACAUUGUUGUUGCCAUGGGAGAAUCUCAGAUUUGAUUGCUUUUCAAAAUACCCACCGAAGAAGACCAAUUUUUUCGACCCUAUGUUAGACAGGUCACUCCGAAUUUUGUCAUUUUAUACCAAGGCUCUUCCUCGAGGAAUGCAUUUGCCACUCUUCCGCAGAUUCAAAGCGCUAUUCAAUUUGUGGACCCUGUUAUAUGCGAGCUAUACGGAAAAUGAAGAAAAACAAAUGCAUGGAAUCUCUGCGGAGUAUGACAAUGCCGGUCAGGGAAUAUUUGAUAUUUUACAUCGGAUUCUCGAUGAUCCAUCAUUCGAAACAGUCGACGAAAAGGCGGAGUUUCUUGUUCGGCAAAUAGAAGAUGACCACGAUUCGUAUCUACCAGAGCUGAGCUAUAAAAAAGUUCUAAUCGAGGAGGUCGAACAAAACGAAGUCAAACACGAAGAGAACGCACAAACGAAUACUUCGUCGAUUAUGUCCACUAUUUGUGACGGUCAUAUUUUUUGGCUAAAACUUCUCAAAGCCCAUUAUGCAAGUCUUCGAAUCUAUCUUGUAAAGCCUCAAAAGGCAGAAAGUGCAUUUAUUCGUUUCGAGAAAGGAAUUUUGAAAAUUUUGCAGAGAAUUCAAGGAGAGGAACCAAAAGCAUCACGUCGUUUAGCAAUCAGAACGGCGAUGUGUUGCAUUGAGCGUUGGGCAGAAGUGGAUUCCGACAACGAUAGCUAUGAUAGUACUUGUAGCUCUCAAGAGACAUCAGACAACGAAGAAAUAGGCUUCGAAGGAAGAAAACAGAAAGUGAAUUAUUUUUUGAACGAUUUAUUGCCUAUUUUGUCGGAGACAGGCACACUCUCAGAUGAUAACUUGGCAAAUCUUAUUGACAUUCCUUUGAGCAUACUGGAUGUUACCACAGCAAAAUUGAAUGUACGCGUGAAUUCGAUCGCAAUGGAUAUAAGAGGUAUGCCGUCGGAGGAAGAUAAAGAACUUGAGGCUACGGAUCGAAAUAAUAUUCAUCUAGCACUGACAAUUCUUCACUGUAUCCUGGUCUUCAAGCAAGGAGAAUUCAUAAAAUUCAAAGAAAAUCUGAUACGUGGAGCAAACAUUCUACAAGCUUUCUCGAAUACAGUUUCAAAAUUGGGUGAUACGGAUAAAAAGCUAUAUUUGGAUUUCCAGCAGCUUGCUGGGGAAAUUAUUGCACUUUUAAAAGCAAAUAAUAUUGAACCGAGGGAAGAUAACGCGGCACCUAGUUUCAUUGAUGAAUCACCAAUUGUUGGCGAUAAUCCGAUGAAUGCCCGAGGCUCAGAAUCUUUCUCUUUGGGACAAAUCCAAUCCGACCUUUUGGAUGAAUCAGAAUCCAUUCGUGGACAUGCUUUAAUUAAGUUAGCAAGAGGUAUUCGCCGAAAAAACAGGCAGCUUCUGGAUGACAUUACUGCUGAUCCGGCAAUUAUGCAUAUUGUUUUGGAACAAGUUGCUGAUAGUGAUUCUUACGUUUAUUUGGCAGCAAUAAAUGCGUUGGCGGAGUUAGCAUAUUGGAAGCAACAAUUUUUCGAUGAGAUGGUUGAAUUUUUUCUGGACCCGGCAAAAAAGCUGAAAUCUAUUCUCGAGCUCAACAUGGACAACUUACGGAACGAAGAAAAAGAAACAUACUUAUUGAUACAAAGAGUGAAAAUCGGCGAAGCAAUCGCGAAAGCAAAUAAAAAUCUUGGUGAAAUGGCACCAGCAUAUUUUGAUCGUAUGGUAAAUCCGAUGUUGUCAUUGAUGCUUCAUACUAAAGAUGAUCUGCUGCGAGCUUCCGUACUCUCCUCAUUGUCCAACCUUAUCGUUUCAUGCCGUGGAUUGAAUAUACACAAGCAUCUUGAUGAGAUGUUGCUAGCAGCUAAAUUGUAUAUACGUGAUGCUGAAGCGGAAAUAGUAAGACGAGCGGCAGUUGACCUAAUGCGUGCCAUUGUCAGAACAUACGAUAUCAGUCUUCUGCAAGAAGCUCCAUCACAUCUUUAUGAUAUAGCAGAUUCGCUGAGUUAUAUCCUGGACCAGGAUGAAGAUCUGGUCGUUAAAACUCAUGCAAUGUUAUGCCUACAGGAUAUCGAUGCUCAAAUGGAGGAAGGUUUUUUGGAAUUUGAAAAAGCUCAUACGCGCAAAAUUCGAUUUUAAAUGGUUGGGGUGUUCGAUAUAGUAAGUGUAUUAUCCAUUCAUUGCACAUUCGAAGUAUAUCAUAUGUCAUCUUUUUAUUGAUGAUUCG